AGGGAGGAGGAGGAGGAGAAGGAGGAGGAGGAGGAGGAGGAGGAGGAGGGGCAGAGCCCGACGCCGCCCGCUUUUCGCCCACAACAUGUAAACAGUCCCCGCCAAGAGUUCUCCUGGGAGCCGGAGCGGGCGGGCCGGGCGUCAGAGCAAGUCCGCGCGCAGCCCCUGGCCGCGAAGAGCCCCCGGGCGCGAGCGCCGACGUCCCGGGAGAGCGGGGAGCCGAGGAAGCGCGGGCCGAGCGGAGCCGAGCGGAGCGCAGCGCGCGGGGCGCGGAGAGGCCGAGAGCGGCGCCGGGAGGGCCCGAGAGCUAGAGCCGGGAGCCCCGGAGCGAGGAGGAGCGAGCCGGGAGGGCAGUGGAGAGGGCGGCGAGGCGGGGGCCACCGACGGGAUGGAUUUCCAGCAGCUGGCUGACGUCGCGGACAAAUGGUGCUCCAACACGCCCUUCGACCUCAUCGCCACGGAGGAGACGGAGAGGAGGAUGGAUUUCUACGCCGACCCGGGGGUCUCCUUCUACGUGCUGUGUCCGGACAACGGCUGCGGGGACAAUUUUCACGUCUGGAGUGAGAGCGAAGACUGCCUGCCUUUCUUGCAGCUGGCGCAGGAUUACAUCUCCUCGUGCGGCAAGAAGACCCUCCAUGAAGUGUUGGAAAAAGUCUUCAAGUCUUUCAGACCUUUGUUGGGACUCCCGGAUAUAGACGACGACGCAUUUGAGGAGUACAGCGCGGACGUGGAAGAGGAUGAGCCCGAAGCCGACCACCAACAGAUGGGCGUCAGUCAGCAGUAAACUUUGGAGGGUUGUGAGGAGGACACGUGUUAACUUCUUGGUGCCAGGUGGGGUCUUGGGCUCCUGUGUUUGCAUUUUGCAUUGGCUCAUCACCACAGGAGGUCUGACUCCCAGCAUCCAAAUUAAAAUGAAAUAGCAUUUUAACCACCAUGAAAUAUCUGUGAUCAGCUUUGCUACGGGGUGGCCUGAUCCGCCCCUGCCCCUUCUGCUCCCAGGAGGCAGCCGGGCCUCCUCUUGGUUGCCUUGUGCCAUUUUGAAUCUAGAAUCCGUUUUUGUAGCCAGCUUCAUUUUCUCUUUUGUUCACGGCAGAGGAUUCCCAUCUGCUGACUUGACCGGCCAGUUUGAAGACUAUAUCAGGUUUGGAUCUGGCCAAGGGAGAGCUGUGUGGGGGGUAGACAUCAUGCACGGUUUUUUUUUUUUUCAUUGAUUUCAUGAUCUUUUAACUACUCAUUAGAGCAGGUGUUCUGCUAUCUCGAUGUAGUUUAAAUGCAAAAGAGCAGAUUUUUAAACAUGGGAUGCAAACUCCUCAAAUCGGUUCAGGAGGAGUAGGAGAUAAAUACAAACCUCUGAUAAAGGGUUUUUUUUUUUUUUAAUCUCACUUCAACAUUUAUUAAGCGCCUACUGUAUGUGAGUAUAUUAUCCAAAUAUUUUUAAAUGACGCUAUCCCUGCCCUCAGGGAGCUCAUUUAUUACAGAAAUAUUAAAUGGCUUUGAAAACUUCCCAAGUCUAAAUGACAAUAUGUCAAGGAUCAUGUCACCAUCUAGAAGAUGAGGCUCAGAGAGUUGUUUACAAUGACCAGAGCAGGAUCACACAGAUAGUAACUAUUAGAGGCCAGAUCUGAAUCUGGGUCUCUUUGAUUCAAGGGUCAUAUUUCUAAAAGGAACCUCAGUCUAACUGCCUUAUUUUACAAAUGAGGAAACUGAGGUUGAGAGCAGCAGAGUGACCUGCCCAAGGCCAUACAGGUGGUAACUAACAGAGUUGGAACACAAGCCCUCUGCCUCCAAAUCCCUUGUUCUUACUACUGCACCAGGCUGCCUCCAGGUCUAGUACUUGGUGAUGUCUUCCACGCUGCCUCUCCAGUCCAAAGCUACUUUGUCACCGUUGAGAAGAAAAAAAAAAAAAAAAACAAUGAGCAUCAUUGGGUGACUUUGUAAAAAUACAUAAAAUAUUGUGUGAGAGAUGAAACUUCCAACUUCACGCUUUUCUGGUGAGUUGACAACUUGUUAAUAUAUGGAUGUCAUUCAGAGUUCAAGUGCCAUGUCAACCUUGAAGCCAUAAAUACAUUUAUUAGGGAACUCAAUUCAACUGUGGUCAGAAUUAUAAAAAAACAAACGAAA